AUGGAUCUUUUCGCAGUGGCAUCUGUGCAGUCUCAAUACGGCGACGGCGCUGCGCCGGAUAGCCUUCGCGCAUCUCCCAGUCGCGGUCCUCCAGCCAAGGAGCCGUAUUAUUCGAAUCGAGAUAUUACGAUAUUACACGCUGUCAUUACGGCGGCUCAAGAACAGCUCGAUCACGCUCCGGGCCCGAAACCACUACCCGCUGCUGCAUUAUUCAAAGCGUAUGACGAAGUUCUCCCCGAGCAUGGCGUCGAUCCAGAUACAGACCAGCAUCUCUCAGCCCUCGUGUUCAGAGUGGGCGGCGAGCAAGGGGGCGGCAGCUUGUUAGAAAAAUUUCAAUCAAUACUUGGCCAGAUCGGCAUCGUUCUCGAAUUCAGCGACGACUCUAUCACUACUCCGCAAGAUUAUCACCAACAUCCGCUAUCCCCAGAACCAAUCGAUACCGGUCACUGGGAUCCCGAUGAUCUUCCCAUUCAGGAGGAUGAUGCGCCCGUUCGAACGAGGCGUCGGACAUACAGCGCUGGCUCCCUAGACUACGACCCCAAGUUUCAAAAGAUUCGCGCUGAAGCACCAGGCUAUAAGAAAAGAAACCAAACAAAAGAUGAUCUCGCCCUCAUGGAAGCCGAUGCGUAUCCCUCUGUGCCGCUCUCGACAACUGCGACACGGCAUCUCAAUCAUUAUCAUCAAUAUCCAAGCCCGCUUUUUGACCACCUGCAUGUUGACUUCCGUGCCGUUGAUGAUGGCAUCCUUUACGAUGAUGUCAAAGCACACGCCUUGCCUCCACGAACCGAUAUUUCUCGCAGUUCUUCAAAGCAUAAAUCACAGCAAACUACUCUUCCUUUGAGAGUAGAGUCUCCUCGACCUAUGAACGAUCGGGAUCACAAGCAAACCGGCCAUACCAGAGAUAACGGGAAGAUUAAACAGUCGCCUGGAUUGCAAGCCAAAGGCAAUUUACCAACUGGGGUGGAUCGAGAUGCUAGCAAAACUGAUGCCUUAGACGUAUUGGCGUCUCCCGUCUAUAUACCUAAAGAUGGCGGAUUGGCGUCGCAUUUAGUACAGGACGAGCUACCACUGCCAUUUCCAUCCCAGAACGAAAAUACACUGUCGAAACAACAGCAAGCGCUACUGCUUACGAGAGCAACCCGCGCUCGCGAGAUAUAUCUAGCGAGCAAAGUGUUCAACCACUGGGCAGACCGGACUGCAGCGCGGCUUGAGCGGGAAGGCGUAGCUAGAAGACAUAUGAUUCGCUUUCGCUGUUUCCAAGGCUGGAGCCGUGCGCCAAGUUUACAGCUUCCAAUCAUCGACCACUUAAAGGCCCUUACGGCGGUUCAGAAAUUGCAAAGAGCUGUAUCGUACCAAGAAGAGCAGCUCCGUCUCGCAGCAUCGGCCAUAUCUCAAAAAUAUCGGGCUAGAACGGCGUCUCGCGUCUAUGACCAAUGGUGCUCUCACCUCAUAUCUCUCGUCUACCGCCAGAAAGUAGAUAGGAGACUAAAACAAGGCGCCUUGGUGGCAUGGAAAUCAAGCACUUCCAGCAACACCAUCAAGAGCCAAGCUAUUCGUAAGUUUAAUAAACACGAGGGCGUUGCUACCACAUUGUCAAAACUACAAGACCAAGUGCUCUUACAUGAUCAUCAAUUUCAAGCAGCGCGCCAAAUCGGCUCACUUAGGCUGCUGUUUGGUUCUCUUGACAAAUGUGAGCAUCAGAUCCACGUGAAAGCGCGAUCAUCAGCCUACAAGGCCAAGUUAUCCACCGCAGCUGUCAUUCAUACAUUCCACAACUGGAACUUAUCAGUACGAGUGCAAGCGUUCCGGUGGAGAGCGGAUUAUAUGUCUGUCACGCGAACCCUCGAUGGCUGGCGAAGGCAUUACGUGCAAGACGAAUGGAGGCGAAAUGUGUCUGCGAAUCGUGUUAAAUCAUACCGCGCAUCAAAUCUUUUCCGCACUCUGCAACGGUCGAGUGACGCUGAUGUGCAGUUAUCGGUCAUGGGCAAUCGUGCCAGGCUAUUCCUUGUCACAACACGGACAUUACCUAUCAUGGACGCUGCUGUGGAGGCACGAAGACUCCAGAUGAAAGAUAUGGUUCGACAGUACUUGAUGAUGAGAUACACGGAAGUCUCUUCCGCUAGGAAAAAGCGAAAAUUCUACGAGGUAUUCGAUCACUGGCGAGCAGUGGCAACUGAAGCGGCUUCUGAAAGCGAUUUUGCUGCUCUUUAUAAUACAAAAUACUAUUACGGUCAACUUGAUAUCGCUUUGGAAAAGUGGAAGAAGCAGACAGAAGAUGACGUGCAGCUUCAGCUUGCCACCUACCAACAUUACACGCAGGCCGUGUUGGCGGCUUGGAGUGAUGUCGCCAAAGAGCAUAAUCAGGCGGAUAUGCAGUCGCUGGAACUGUGGGCUGCUCGCAGGCAGCGGCAGUACCUCAAAGCAUGGUCCAUAUCAUCAUUACAACGAAGCGGACAGGCACAUACCGCGACCAAGGUACAGCAAAAGAAAUACAGCGAAAAACGAAACCGCACAUUUCAUUAUUGGAAAGAGGCUUGCAUGGGCCCGGAAUUUGAUAGUGCAGAGCAAGAUCUACGAUUUACGCCGAACCGUGAACCGGCUAGUGGCCGUCGCAGCGCUUGGCGGGCACUCUCUGUUCGCCGUCAUCUGUUGGUGGAAAGGCACAACAAACCAGAUGCUGCAGCCAGGCCAAUGGAAACGCCGACGCGGUCGACUGGUGUGCCGUUGAAUAUGUCCUUCCCCUUGUCUGCGAAGCCAAUCCUUGCAUGGCGGGGGACGGACGAAGAAUCGACUGCAUCCAGCGAUACUGAUGACAUUGGAAUGGUGAAAUCCCCAAGUAAAACCCCUGCGACUGCGCGGCGCGGCAUAUUGUCAUCUACGACUCCUCGAGCGCCCGUGCCCGUGCAUUUGAACAUCAAAGCUACGCGGUCAGAGAUUUUUACUUCUCCUCAUCGCUGGAGCACUGGUGACGUUGUAAGAAAUGCAAAGCCGGGUCUAUCACAGAAUGUCUCGAACGCACCCCAGCCAACUUCAAGGCCCAACUUGAGUAGAUCUGUUGCCUCUUUUGGGCGUUCUGUCCAUACACCAGCCAAACCUCCUGGGCGCUUAGUAGCAAGCGCCAAACCAUCCAAGAAGGCCGGGUCACUACUUCCAGCUGCAGUUGAAUAA